GAACAAAUUUCGCAUCCACAUGUUAGUAAAACUCUUCUCUCUCACAGAUGGGCGGCGGGACUCAGUGAACGCCAGCGCGGGGGAGCAUCUGGUGUCCGCCGCGCCCCGCCCCACCGCACCAUGACACGCCCUUGAUAGCAGCGGCAGCCAUAGGGCGGCGCGGAGGGAAACCAGGAAAAAAUCACAACCACCACCUUACACCACCACUACUACCACUACAGAAUGUUCAACACCACGUAAUCCCCACUCACCCAUCACCACCACAUCCAUCACCAUCACAUCACAAACACACCACCACCACAACCACCUCCAUCACCACCAACACAACACCACCACGGCGACCACCACCAAGAUCUUCAACGACCUGAGCUGUGAGGUCGGCGGGUCGGGCGAGGCCGUGCAGGUGCAACACUACAAUGUCCUGGCUCGAUCCAAGACCACCAACAUGGACUCCGGCAGCAGGAACCUCCCCGGCCCGGACGCAAAGGAGAAGAACAAGAGCAGAGACGCGGCUUCCACAUCCAACGCCGCCGCCGCCGCUGCUGCCGCCGCCUCCACCCGAGAGAAGAUCAUCAACAAGAGCAUCCCCCACAGGUUCUCCUUCAGAAGCGGGCCGGCGGACAAAGGGAAGAAGCAGAUCAAGAGGGGUUUGAGUCUGAGUCUGCGGCGGUCUGCGUUGUGGAGCACGCUGCAUGCCAAGACGAUGGAGAUCCCCGAGAGACUGCGCCGGGAGGAACGCAAGCUGGCCAAGGUCCCUCGCCUUCAGAUCUGGCUCAGCACGGACCAGUCGCCUCGGGAACCGCCACCGGGUGAGCAGCAGGUCCUCAACAACACCAGGGAGCCGCUGCCCAAAGUUCACCUGGACCAGCCUCGCGCCAUCUACCGCAGCGCCAGCGAGGGAACCAAGUGGAAGAUCGUGGUGGACGGCUCUUCCCCGCCGCCCCAACGUGAUGGCAUCCCCGGCGUCUCUUACGACCGCAACGAGAGGCCGAAAAGCCCCGUAGAGAAGCAACCCACGUGGCCUAUGACGCAGCCCCACUACUUCAACACACGCCCCAAGCUCACCCAUCAGGACAACAUACAGCUGCAGCUCCUCCAUCAGCAACAACAGCAACAACAGAAGCAGCAGCAGCAGCAACCGCCCCAGCAGCAGCAGCAGCAGCAGCAGCCACCACAGCAGCAACAGCAGCAGCAGCAGCAGCAACAGCAACAGCAGCAGCAGAGGAGCGUUGAGGGUGAGCGUCGCCGUCUGGAGCUGCCCCGUCAGGACGCCGUGGCGGAGGAGACAGACACACGCGAAACUGACCCGCUCAAGCCCGACGAGGGGCAUCGGGACCUAUCGGACGAUAUAACCAUCGCCGACCUUCCCCUCCCUGUCCCCGCCCAAGCCCCCGCACGCUCUCAACGCCCCCGCCUCCUCAAGACCCCCAAUUGCCUGGGUGUGGGAAAUCUGUGGCCACGCCGGUUUUCUGCAUCUUCGAGGUCGGGUUCGGAUGAGAAGAGCGACAUAUCGGAGGUUGGUGGAGGAGGGUUGGAAGCCGCCAGGAGGAAGUGCUCGCGGUCGGACAGUCUGCACAGCGACCAUGGCGGGCCUGAGAUGGUCACGCUCUCUGUCAACUCCAUGUGUUCCUUCAGCGAGAGCGGCUCUCCAGCCUCCUCCCGCCUCUCCCUCCGCUCGGAGCUCUCCCGCACCCACUCCCUCUCCCAGCCGCCCCCGCGCUCUCGUUCCAACACAGUAGAGAAGCGGUCAAGUUUCCGGCUGCAGAUACCAGGUCAAGAUGGGUCGCGUCCCCGACGGCCGUCACUCCUCAGCCUCCGCUCCCUGGCUCGCUCUCUCAACCCGUACUUCAGCAUCGACUACGACUACGACUCUUUCGACUACGACUCCACCCAGGCCGGCGCGCUGCCCUACCACCAGCCGUACCUGCCCGAGCCGGUGCCCAAGCUGUCCUUCACGCAGAAGCUGGCCUUCCCGACCCUUGUGCAGAACUCUAUCGACCGCCCCAAGCCCCGCGACCCAUACAUGGAGGCGGAACACAACAUGAACACCUUCGCCAAGAUUAUCACCAUUGUCGUGCUUGCGCUGGUGACGGUGCUGGUGCUCGGCGUGCUGUACAAGCUGCUCCACUAGUGCCGCGUCUCUCUCUCUCUCUCUCUCUCUCUCUCUCUCUCUCUCUCUCUCUCUCUCUCUCUCUCUCUCUCUCUCUCUCUCUCUCUCUCUCUCUGCCUUAUGCCUUACGAAUUUCUAACAUCCCUGUCCCUCCCUGUCCUUGUACAGAUCUCUUCUCUUCCUCCUCCUCCUCCGUAUUAUUUGCCCUCCCUCACCUUCUCCCUCCCCUCCGCCUCCUCCCUCUUUAUUGUCUCCUCAUAACGUACGAGUAAUUAAUCUUUCGCCCUUCAUAUCGUCGUUUCUUAAUAGUUGAUAAUGAUAAUUGUUCUCAACCUUUACGAGACAUAUCUGCGUGAAAUGAAGAAAGAAAAUCCAAAUCAUAUUUUUGUCUGGUCUAUUUUGCUAUGAGUCAAUACGGAGAAACUGAUAAUCUGUUAUUACAAUCACUUGUUGAUUGUCGUUGUUUCCGCCUCCGCCUCGGUGUUCCUCCUGACACAGGGAUUCCCUGAGGCGCGUCUCGUUCCCCGCGGGUUACUACUCAUGAUCUGGUGUAAUGUUGUGUAAACACUCGUAAUGUUCAUAUUUAAUGAUGAUGUAUAUGUUUUAAAAGAUAAUAUUAUUAUUGCAUGUAGUAGACGUACACACAAACACGCACCUGACGUACUGGAGGGAGAUGACAAGCAGUACGUACUGAGUCAACCGUUGCUUUGUACUGAGUGGCUGAGUGAGGGAGGCGCAGGCACUCACCACUCAGAUUUUUGAGGGGAUCACUCCCCGCCUGUUUUUUAAUGCUUCAGUCAGCUCUUUCUCGGACAGACAACCUUUUUUGCCUGUUUCUUGCCCGCUGCUGGCCUUGGCUCCUGUUACUGGGCUCCUGGUGUGAGAGAACAGUUAGUUACCUGACAAGGAGACAAGACCGCGCGCGAGCGGCUCAGGUGCAGCGUUGGUGUGCGGCGACAAAUAAUGUUAAGUCCUGGCCUUCCCUCGCCCAGGUGAGCGGGGACUCUGCGCCCCGCCGGCAGACUUGUGUAUAACAGACCCUGGCCAGGCGUGUACGCGUGGGAGGGGAAGUCGGUUAUCAGGGUUGAAGAACGAGGGGUGCGAUAAGAGGACGAUGGAAGGACUGUUGUUGGCUGUUUGACUAAAAGUGGUCAAAGCGAUGCCGAUGAGGGGAUGUUCGAGGCUUCGAGUUUAUAAAGCCUGUGGGAAUUCUUCGUCCAACAGCGAGGAUUGUGUGGUCGGCAGUUGCAUCUUGGCUGUUGUGUGUGCGUUUAGAACCGCUGCUAUUCUGGCCGAAAGUGAACGUGGUGAAGAUUGGUCUGGUUGCUACGGUGUGGUGGAGUUGAGCGUACGGAAGAUACAAGCAAUGGGGAUGAAGUUGAUGUCCUCGUGGUGUGGUCAUCUUAUGGAAAGAGCACUGUGGAUCGGUGCUGCGGACGGAGCAGUGCAAGAAUUUGGUGUAAUGGUGACCGCUGCAUUCUACAACAUCCAGUGACUGCAAGCGAGUCUUAGAGGUGGACCACGGACAUCUGUUGGGUGUUACAUCAGUUGGCUGAUACAGCAAGUUUUAUAAGUUUAUCCAGAGAAUAGGUGGCCCAGGCCUGUCUGGUGUUGCAAGUCCAGUGCGGUACAUGAAAAUAAGUUGGCAUUGUGCAUCAUAGUGGUUCUUCUGUGUGUAAGACUUUGUGGCUGGUUGGUUACUGGUAUAAGCUGCGUUUGAUAAGUCAAAGGACUCCUCACAUUUAUAUUUUUAUUUUUUUUCUUAAUAAAUUAUUUUUCUGCGAGA